UGUUGGUUCUUCGUCCGGUGUGGUUCACAAUUUUCUUUCACUCACAGUGUUCGCAAGUCUUUAUCCGUGUGUGUGUGAAUCGCAUUCAGUUUGUGUGAGUGUGGAAAAGGCCGCAACAACAACAGCCACAGAAGGAGAGCAUAAAAGUCCGCCGAAAAUUAGGUAAAUGGCGGGCACAAGUGUUGCAACUGGUUAAAGAGCUAUGGAUAAACAAAAUGCAAUAAUGUAUGCAAUUGCCGUCAUGAGUUUCAUUGAAAUUCGUAAUAAUUGAGCCACGAAAAUGAACCAAAAGAGCAUUUAGUCCAGAGAGAGCGAACGAGUGAGAGUAGAGCGGGUGUGAGAAAAAUGCGUUAACCGUUUUAUUUGCAACGUCAUCGUCAUCUGAAGAGAACCGCCAAGGAAAAGAGAGCGCGCGAGCGCAUUACGCCUUUGUUUACACGCCCAUUUCCCAACUCCACCUGAAAGGACACAUCAUCUAAGAACUUACUAAAUAUGCAAAUGAAACCGCUAUUUGUAUAAUUAAUGCAAAGGAAUCCAAGAUAAAAUCGCAACCGAUAAAAGAGUCUGCGCAAAGAGAGACCGAGCAGUGAAGAGGGAGGAAAGAUAAAGAGUGAGAGAGAGCAGCGCUGCGUUGGGGCUCCAAAAUCUGUGUGUGGCUCCCAUUUGGAAAAAUUGCGUCUCUUGCGAUACAACGUGCGUCCAAAGCAGCGGAAAGUUUUUUAUAUUCGCGGCCCGGUAAUUGUAGUUGUAAAUGCAAUUGUGCUUUAAAAACUCCAGUUUCUUUGGAUAUUUGUCAUUGAAAAGACAAUAACAAAAAGCAAGACCUAUAAACCCAUUUUAUCUAGUGCGACGAGUGUUAAAUAUCGAUUUUUUUCGGCUAAUGCGCGUCGAUGACCUCGCACACAACAACAUCAAGUAUAAAUACCACUACUAUUGAGAGCUAAAAAAACACUCCAAAGCUGUAUCCGAGUUUUUAAAGUAAACCAAACAAACGUUUUACAUAAUUGCCCCAGUGCCAAAAGAGGCAGCCACAACAAAAGCAACAACGAGAACGAGGAAAACAACGGCGUUGCAAGGGGAAAAACUCUCGGUUGGAAUUGGAGGCAGAAGAGGCAGAACAAGAAGGCGGAGAAGCGCUCCCGAAAAAAUAAAGAGCGGCAGUCGAAAACCGCAGAGACACAUGCUCAGAUACCGUCUCGUUUCCACUCACUUCUUGAAGCAGCCGUAGUGUGGGAGCAAGCGAGCCAGCCAUACCCGGGGAGAGGGAGCCAGAGCAAGAGUGUGGGUGUAACUGCAAGUGCAAGUGCAUUGCGAGCGACUGAGAGAGGGAGAAGAGCGAUCGCAGGAUACAACUGGAACUGUGCUAUAAAAGCGCUUCAGGUGCGCUCUGUCUGCUCAGUCACCGUUAGUCGGGCACUUAAAGAGGUCCUCUCUUCUUCCACUAAGAGACAGGAACAGGAUCAAAAAGCAGCAAACCGAGGGUGGAAAGGACUCGUCCAGAGAGAGAGAGAGAGGAAAUUCGCAUCCGAUCCGGCACUAAAAUCCAUUCACAACGUAUUCGCUAGGAGUGCUACGCCUUUUGGGUCUGAGCUAUAGUCUAGAUAGCGAAAAUGUGCAGAGAUCGCGAUAUGAGUUUGUCGUAGAUCAGCGCAACCGUCGUUACAAGGUCAAGAAAAAAAUCAAGCUCAAGAGCGAGUAGAAAGGAUAGCGGGCAAUAGCCCGAGGGCCCCAAUACGAGAGAGAGAGAGAGAGAGAGCAAUUGCAUUGCGUGAGAUUGCGAAAUCCUGGACCACGAACAACCACAAUAAUCAGAUCAAGCUACCAUACCAAAGUUAACAAUAUUAGCAAAAGGCCACAGCAAAGUAAUAGUUAAAUUAAGUAUACGCAUCCGCCAUACCUUCCAAUUAGAGUGCGCGCGUGUGAAUCUACGGCAAUGUGACUAUCCUGCGCUCCACGGGCUCCAUCCAAACGGUUCUAGCCGGUUCCAAAAAGCAAAUUAAGUUUCGGGCGAAGUGAUUUCGUGCACCCUUCGAUCUUUGACUCGGUUCGGUCAUCUCCAAAACCCUCUCCAUCUACUUACUCAAGCGGAAAACGUCGUGCAACUGGCGAACGUACGGGGAAAAACCAGCAAGAUUGAAGACUUUGGGAGAAAUCUUUGGAAGUCCGUUAAGGCUUGCAUUUGCGGCAUGCGACAUCCCACAACUGGGCUGAACGAAGACGACCUGAGUCGUCUCACUGGUUCAUCAUCGUCGACGGCCUCCUCAUCGUCCUCAUCCUCGUCCUCGAAUCCUGCUGCCCGUCAUGAGGCGGCAGUCCGCAGUCCGGACAAGCCAACGCCGGCGGGCACGGACAAGAGCCACCUGAACAGUGGCUUCACAUCCACUUAUCUGCCGGAGAUCAUCCACCCGGCUUUGGAAUGGCAGAAGUCGUCGCGCAAGCGCAAGGAGCGCCUGGACAGCAACUCCGCCUUUGGCCAGGAUCGCAAGCUGCAGCGCAGCAACAGCGAGGAGCUGCUCACGGAACCGGCGGUGGCUGUUCUCUCACAUGCCACGGGACUAACAGCCCCUAGUCUGCUACAGGCCCAAUGUGAGGUCAUACGGCGCGUUUCCUCGGAGGACUUCAAGCGCACGACCAGCUAUGCCAACUAUCGGCAGGAGUUCGAACGGGAGCAGGAGGAGUCCUCAGAGCUGGGCGAGAACAAUGCCUCGUUGGCCAAUUUGCCAACGGCGGCAGGGGAAGCGGUCAAGGAGACCAGUCCCGCUCGUCAGCCUCCGGUUAAGGAAGCCAGCGAUGACUCCGAGUGUGAGCACGAGCGUCGUCGCAGCAGCGAGCGCUUCUGCAAAUCCCGCCAGCCACCCGUACGCAAAUCCGGAGUGGCCAAAAAGGCUGGCGGUGGCAGUGGAUCCAAGUAUUUGCCCUCAAGGCGAGAUGAGCAGAGUGCCUACAAGUACGAUCUGUCGGCCUUGAAGUACGAGCGCAGAGGUUUCAUCAGCAGCAGGAAACAGCAGCAGCAGCAGCAGCAGCAGCAGCAGCAACAGCAGCAAUCUACUUCCGAUCACAACGACAACAAUUUGAUAGACUUCCAUCAGCAGCAAAAGGAGCAGCAGAAGGAGCUGCAGACGAAGAGGAGUGCCAGUAUUUCGCCUACACCCACCACGAGCUCCUCGGCGGGCAGUGAUGAUAGCACGCCCAAUUCCAAUGCCCCGGCUCCGAUCAAGGCCAAACCGCAGCGGCAGCAGCAGAGCUUGGACUUGACCUCGGCCCAGGAGUCGCUGCCUUGGGAGCGGGGCGAUGAACCUGCCCCCAUCCUGAGCAGGAGAUAUGCCCACUCCCGACCACAUAUUGGCGGUAAUCUCGAUGCGGCUGCCCAGCUGGCCAAGGUCAUGCCAUAUCCCCAGCAGCUGCCCAAACAGGCGGCCACCGUGCAGCUGCACUCGGACAUCGCCGACAUGGACUGCUGCCUGGAGCCCAUGGAUGCAGUGAGGGCCUUCAGUUCGCUGGAGAACAUGCGCACCCGCGACGUCAUGCAGCAGGUGCUGCCCGCCAUGAUGGUGGCCUUUCAGUCGCCCGAGGAGCGGCUAAAAACCAUCAAUCGACGGGUCACCGUGCUCAAGAAGAAGCUGGUGCAGCUGGAGGAGUCGCUGGAGCAGAGAUUGGGCUACCGACCAUCGCAGGCGGAGCGUCUGAACGACAAGUACAUGAAGAAUGCCCUGGCGGAGUUAAGCAAGUUGCGCAAGGAGCGGCACGAGCUCAAGACUGAUCCCAUUGCUGCGCUGGGUUUGAAGGUGGGAAGUGGCGGCGGCGGAGGCGUUGGUGGCCAGGAGGUGGCCAAAAAGCUGGAGCGCAUGAAGGCCACCCUUGCUGAAAUCGAACAGAAUCUCAUCGAGAAGCGUGUGAAUGGUCGUCGCUCCGAGCAGCUGGAGGAGCUGAGUGCUGACCAACUGGUGCAGGAGAAGAGUGCCGUGCAGCAUGGCCUGCUGUACUUCGAGAGCCUCUAUGGCCAUCCCAUCACCAAGGAGGAGCGUGAUGCCGCCCGACCGCUCUACGAUCGCUAUCGGCAGCUGAAGCGCCUGGUCUCGCGCACCGUGAUGUUUGGAGCGGGCACAGGAGUGCCCGAGCUGCCCACCAUUCUGGAGCACGAGGCAAUGGUGUUCGAGGCCACUUCCACGCCGCUGCAGUAUUCGUCGAACAACAGCACGGAGACCACCAACUCGCCCAGCGACUCGAAUGCCCCGAACACGCUGACCCAGAAUGCCUCCUCCGAUGAGUCGACGACCACGACCACGUUGACGGGUCCGGCGGCUGGAGGAGCAACUUCCUCGGGACAGGAGAACCAGGCGGCCAGCGAGAACAUCUCCGCCCUCAGUGUGGACCAACUCUGGGAGCAGCUAGACCGAGCUCGCGAUGAGAAGUCCCUGCUGAAGGCCACCAUCCGGGAGUACGAGUCGUUGUUCGAGGAGCAGAAUGGACGCAAGAUGCUCAAGCAGGAUCGCCGUUCGCUGGAGACGGAAACCUAUGCCCAGUACAAGGAGAAGAAGGCCAAGGUGCGACUGCUGCAGGCUCUGAUCAAGAAGCACAUCGGGCAAUAAGAAAUAUAUAUAUAUAUAGAGAGAAACCUACUUCCAUUUGACUUAUCUGUUCACCAACACGCAUGCGAAACCUAUUUAUUUCAUACCCAAACCAAACAAAUACACAGACCUAGAACUAUACAAAUUAUAUGUAGUUUUUAGACAUACGUUUACCAUAUAUUCUAUAAUGAUACAUUUUAUGAAUAUUGUUGAUUCCUUAUUGUUUUUUUAAAAAACAUCUAUUGAGUAAUUGUAAUAAAAACAAAAGAAAAUGAAAUGAAAUGCAAUGAAACAUUAUGAGACAAGGAGGAGUGAUUCAGAAUGCAACCGCUAGAGACAUUUGAUUCGGACUCAUCCCCUUAUUAUUCAGACUCCCCCGCACGGAAUUGACAUCUAGAUGUAACCCAAAAAUCUGCAAUAUAUUUUCGCAUUCUCCCUUCGUUGUUCCGUGUAAAUCGUCAUUGAUGUUAAAAAAUGACUUGGCCUGAUUUGUCCCACUUCGAAAACGGGGAGCACAUAUUAUUUGAUUAGCUCUCUAGUUUUAAACGAUCCAAAAGAGAGGAGCAGGUCGAAACCGCAAAUCAAAUACUAUAAUAGCAAAAACUUUAUAAAUGUUGUCUAGUAGAAAUGAACUUUUGUAUCGAUAUCUAAACUAGAGUCUAGCGAUCUAUAAACAAUAUUACCCCAGCCACUCUAAUUGUGCUUUCCAUUAAAUGUUUCAGUGUGCAAUUGACACACACCCACACUCGAAAAAAAACUUUUAAAGCAUUUGAGAGAGUCGGAAACAGAAAAAGAGUUGAGACGAUCAUAAAGUUAGUAUCGAAAUGAAUUGAUUUUGUUGUGCAACAAGCAAUUGGGUUUUUUGAACGUGUAUACCCCCCGCCCCUAAUCCAUGCAUACGAUAUAUGAAUAUACAUAUAAAUAUAUAUAUUUACAAUGAUACAAGGUGUAAGGCCCAAAAGGCUAAAGUAUAUACACUUAUAGGACUCAAACAUUUACAAAUUGAAUAUUCUUAUAUGCAGCCCACUGAAUUGGGUCAAUGUGGAAAGCGAAAGCAUUACAAAUAUCUCCCAGCUAACUGAAGCGAAUGAAUGUCUAUACAUAAUUUGAAAUGCAAAAUAAAGUAUAUCACGUUAUAUUAAAUUAAA